AACCCCCAAAAUCCAAAUGCCGACGGUUCCCCUCUUUCAAUAUUGGCUAUCGGAGCAUCCUUCCAUUGUCAAUUUCCGAUGGAGCCACACCCAAUCAUGGGGCUCCACCUGGUCCUUUCUCGUCUCCGCUGUCACGCUCUACAUCCUCGCCGCCGUAUUUCUCCGUCUUUUAUUGAUCAUCCUCCGCCGUCCACGCCCUGUCCCACUUGGUCCUGUUCCGGCUGUUCAUAGUCUCUCCAUGGCUGUAAUCUCGGCUGUUAUCUUCACCGGAAUGCUCCUCUCCGCUGGGGCGGAGAUUCGUGACACCCGAUGGCUCUGGCGACGGAGCAGAACUAGAACCACCCCAUUUCAGUGGCUGCUUUGUUUUCCAAUUGGCACACGUCCUUCAGGACGCGUGUUCUUCUGGUCCUACAUCUUUUACCUCUCUCGAUUCCUCCAUCUCCUCCGUACCUUUUUCACUGUCCUCCGUCGCCGCCGCCUCCCAUUCUUCCACCUCUUUAACCAAUCCAUUCUCAUCCUCACUUCCUUCCUUUGGCUCGAAUUCUCACAGUCGUUUCAAAUUCUGGCCAUUCUCUCCACCACGCUCCUCCAUGCCCUUGUCUACGGCUACAGAUUUUUGACCGUCUUCGGGUUUCCAGCCGCCUCCUUCCCGUUCGUGCUCAAUUGCCAAGCUGCUCUUCUUUCUUGCAACCUACUCUGCCAUUUUGGGUUGUUUUCGUUUCAUAUUCUGAAAGGAGGGUGCAAUGGCAUUGGAGCUUGGGCGUGCAACUCUGUGCUCAACUCCGCCAUUCUUUUGCUGUUCGUGAAAUUCUACAAGGAAAGUCGAUCGGAUUUGAUUUAUAAGAAGCCUGCGAAUUUUUGAAAUGGGAUUGCUCCGUUCGUGUUUUUUGUGUGGGGAAUAUUGAACCCAAAUUAAUGGGAGCGGGGUGUCAUUGUAAAGUUUGUUUUUUGGUUUGUUAAUAUUAGAAGCCCGUCAUUGAAUGCACAGUGUGUUGUUGUUAAGGUCUAAGGAAUAGAAUUUUGUCAAAUGUAAAAACUGAUUUACACAUAUGAUAUAAUAGCAGUUAAUUUCU